AUGGUCAAGAGAGAUUUCGAGACAGCCAUGGUCAGCAUGGGCUCGCGCGGGUUUAAAUCAAAAUCCGCCAAAGCAGACAUGGACAAUGGCGCCAUCCUGACAAACAUUUCGACUAUUAGCAAGACUAAUACCGUUAUAAUUGGGAAUGGCCCUUCUGCUCUGGCUUUGAGCUAUCUCUUGCACGGGAACGAACCGUGGUAUUCACCUUCCGAACCUCAUCCGGAUCCUGUCUUGCAUAGGAAGCUCCUCAAGAAAUUCGGACUUAAUCCUCUAUCAGACAGUCAACAGGAUGUCAGGUUGUAUGAUAUCCUUCGAACACCUAAGGACUGCAAUGACAUCACAUCUCACUUCCCAGCUUCGGUUUCUAUGUCAUACUCGACUGCGGCACUGCCGUUAAAUACUCUCUUGGAUACCCUCCUUCGACCAUUGGUGGAUGUUGACAUGGAGGAGUCUAUGAGCCGAGUCGGCUGGAGAAAGACUGACUCUGAUGUUGUUCCUCACGUCAUACUGGGCGAAGAACCCAAGGCCGGUGGACAGUGGGCUGGUGAUGAGGUAUGGUUCGGGGAUGAAGAUGACGAGGAAAGUGAUAAUGGACUCAAGACUUUGAGCUAUGCAGACCUUCUUUCUCUUCCCGGAUACUCCCUCGGUGAUCACUACAAACAAAAAUACCACACAGACAUGGAUCCGUAUUAUCGUCCGACGAGAAGACUAGUAGCAGAAUAUUACGCAACGUAUCCCCGUAAGGUUGGGAUCGAAGACGUUCUCUUUCCUGGCACCAGUGUUACGAAUGUCGAAAGAAUAAAUGACAAGUCAGGCUUCAACUUCCUGGUAUCGAUUAAACUGAAAUCAAACUCAAGCUCAACGUCACACGAGGCGCAUGUUAUCCGUUGUCGAAACGUGGUUCUCGGGACGGGCAUAUUUUCACAUCGAAUUCCUCCCCCACCUGUCUUCACACCUUUCUUCAAACGUAAGUUGGACUUGGAGUUGAAAGAGAGAUCAUGGGAUAACAGUCCCGCGCCCGCAAACACAUCAAAAACUGCACAGCUGCCACUUUUGGUAGUCGGAUCUGGUUACACUGCAGCGGACGCCAUUUUGUGUAACCAGGGGAAACGGCCUAUUAUUCAUGUUUACAGAUGGGACCCCGAAGAUAGACCUUCGCCGUUACGGGGCUGCCAUCCCCAAGCUUACCCAGGUUAUGCUGGCGUCUAUAGGCAAAUGAAGGACGCUGUUUUGAAAAAAAAGUCGCCGACGGAUGGAAUCUACCAAGGGUUUCCUAAUGCAGUAGUGGCGGAGACACGAGGAGAUGGUACGGUCACGCUUUCUAUAAAGUCAGAAGACGGAACGAACAAAGAGACUGUUAUCCGAGUUGCCGAUAUUGAAGUUUGUAUUGGUAGACGAGGGAGGUUGGAUUACCUGGCGCCGGAUCUCUGCGAGGAGAUCGGUGUCCAAAACCUCGACUAUAGCAACAUGGAAUCAUUGAAUAAUACUCGAGAAUCACCGUCCCCACUAGCUCUAUCACGGACGGUAACGUCUUCGAGAAGAUACUCGAGUCGGUCUCGGAAGCCAAUGCUUCACCCGACGACAUCCGAUACCGCAGGGAAGGUUUGGGUACGGUACAGCAGCCUACGGGAAAGAGUUGAACAAAAUAUUGAGGUCACCACUAAUGUGUUUAUUAUUGGAAGCCUCACGGGUGACUCGCUGGUACGAUUCGCGAUGGGGGGCUGCGUUUAUUCCGCUGGCAGAAUCAUCUCCGACAAUGCCCCAAUUAUAGAUUCUUCUGACUCGUCGACAAUGAUGUCCGAGACGUCAUCGAUGUCGGAAUCUGAAGAUCCGCAAAAGUUGUCCGAGGGGAAGGCUAGGAGGAGGAAGUCCAAGUGCGUGGUAGUAUAA